AUGGGCCGUCAAGCGUACCUAACACGUCUUGCCCUGGGGCGGUCGGCCUUUGAACCAAGCCAGCCCGCAACUGCCUCCCCUGAAUACGUGCAGCUUGACUCUUCACAGGAGGACAUCUCUACACCAAAUGUGAAUGCCCAGCUCUACGAUGAACGGGGUCACCCUAUCAACCCACGCGCGCGGGAACAUGGUAGAAGGUUUCGGGAAGCUCAAAACGACGUGCUAGCUGCUAUUGGCGUAGUGGAGAGGCGCCGCUCCCCUUCGGAAGGCCUCCCGGGUGCUUAUGAGCUGCGGAUAGAGCAGCUUGAGAAUGAAGAGUCGGCUGGAAAUGCGAUAGCUUUUGCAUCUAGGUUGGCCGAGAAUCUGUGUACUUGGUGGCUCGGCUCGCUCAGAGAUCGAAUUUUGACGUUUCAGAUGGGUAGCCGGAUCCCAUUCACGGAUAUUGUCACGUCCGAAUACCGAGCCUUUGGAACCAGCUUAGUCUAUGCUGGAUUCUUUCCCCGAGUCCUGUCUACGGUAGGCGUCCAGGCUUCUGUAUACGCAGCGCUUGUGCUACAGCCUAUCAGUCGUCUUCUUUUUGCAACACGAGCAUCCGGAAAGACAAGGCUCCUCUUUCAGCGACAAAAGAACCUAAUUAGCAAUGGCUUUCGUUUGCUCGUGGAGAUUGCUUUCUACCCUCUCGCCUACCAUGCCACCCUUCAACGGCUUGCACUGCUUCCCACAAAGCCGUUACUUCCUCCUUGGAGAGCUUUCGUACCAUUCUCAAGCUCGUCACCAAUUCGACUCCUCUCUUUACCGUCGGCAUUGACCGCGGCAUCUUUGAUGGAAUUUAUCAAAUCAGCGAUAAGCUCGCCAUUAGUGUUUGUCUGCUUGGAGCAUUUCUUAGAGCGAUGGGUUUACGCUCUUGUUUACGAAGCGAUUGAGUCUACCACAAUUCGUCCAGAUCGUCCAGACCUGGAGACCCCUGAUGAUGGCGUGAAGAACCGCGCGACGCAGAUUCUUGGCUUGAGGCGAAAAUCCCCUCCCGUGGUUCGAACCGCAAUCAACAAGCUCCUGGUUACACUCGGGUGGGGCAAGCCGUUUCCAUCCUCGGAAGCUAGAGAAUAUUCUGACGGACGUACACGAAGAGCUGAAAUUGAAAUGAGUCGGACAAUGGAGAAUAACCAAGGGCGAGUGACCAACGUCAGUCGACUCCAAAUUCCAAUGGCGCACAUGCCUAUCCAACCGUUACCAGGAGGCAGCAGUGUGAGCAAUAUAACGGUAGCUCCCACGUCAGUACCCGAGGCAUUCUCUCCAGCAUCUCCAACAGCUUCUCAAGGAAGUCAGGGCGAUAAUGACGACCCAAGGAUUCGAAUCACGUCCAGAGAAGGCAUUGUUGAGAUGGAGGUUCGUUUGCCACCACACGUCCUCUCCACUCACACUGAGGUCUCUGGCACUAACUCUCCUACCCCAAUACAGCGUGGCAUUGCCUUGUCCCCUGCUGACGAACCCGAAGAACCUGCUUGUCACCGGGUCACACAGCUAUCCACAGAACCAUCACAAAGGAUAGGCGCGGUCCUGAAAGCCCAAAUUGUCGGUUGGGCGACGCUUCCACUCAAACUUAUUACUCUACGACUGAUCGCUUCCCAUUAUAUCGCUGGUCGCCAGCGCCGACCGGAUCAGAAAUUCGGUAUAGCUGUCUAUCGCGGUGUGUCCCCUCUGGGCGGCUUGCGGGAUUUCAAUCUCCAAUCUGCUGGCGUCUUGAUUUCCCGCGUCGCACUCUGUGGAGCACUAGAAGUGGCGAUUGAUCUUAGCUUAUGGGGUUGCCAAUGGCUUGCCAUAAAUUGUGUUGGCAAGAAGUUUUUCGGUUGGGGUACACUCUGA